CCCGCCGCACCCGCACCCGCACCGGGACCGGGCUGCGUGCGGCGGCGGGGCCCGGGGGGGCGAGGGCGGGUCGGGGCAGCGCCGCCCCCUCCCUCCUCCUCCUCUCCUCUCCUCCUCCUCUCCUCCUCCUCCUUCCAGCCGGUGCCGCGGAGCGGAGGAGCCACCGGGGGCGGGAGCGGCCCCCGCAUGCGGCCGGUCCCCGCGGGGGGAUGCGCCGCGCCCCGCGCCCGCCGCCGCAAAGUUUCCGCGGGGUCCCCCCCGUUAACCGGGGCGGGGAGGAGGAGGAGGAGGAGAAAUCGCUGGGAUAAACGAAUCCCUGGGCGAAAGGGAUCCCGGCGAUAGGGGAGGGCGAACCGAAAAAAAAAAAAAAAAGCCAAAAAAAAAAAAGAAAAAGAAAAAAGAAAAUAACCGUGAAAAUCCCAAACCGGCCGCCGCUCGACCAAAAAAAAAAAACCAAAAACAAAAACUUGCCGAACUCGUUUGCGGGAGGCACCGGGGCGGCUCCGCUCGAUGCGGCGGCGGGGCCGGCGCUGAGCCCCGCGGCCGGUGCCGAGCCCCGCGGAGCCAUGGCCAUGGUGGCCGGCGGAUGGGGAGAGCCCAACGGCGGCGGCGGCGGCGGCGGCGGCGGGGAGGAGGCGGCGUCCCCCGCGGGCGGCGGCAGCGACGCGGAGCACGGCGAGGAGGAGCGGGCCGGGGCCGCCGUGGACUGCGUGGUGUGCGGGGACAAGUCCAGCGGGAAGCACUACGGGGUCUUCACCUGCGAGGGCUGCAAGAGCUUCUUCAAGCGCAGCAUCCGCAGGAACCUCAGCUACACCUGCAGAUCCAACCGGGACUGCCAGAUCGACCAGCACCACCGCAACCAAUGCCAGUACUGCCGCCUCAAGAAGUGCUUCCGUGUGGGAAUGAGGAAGGAAGCCGUGCAGCGGGGCCGGAUCCCCCCGAGCCACUCCAGCACCAGCCCCAACACCAUCCCCAGCGGGGAAUACUUCAACGGGCAGCCGGUGUCGGAGCUCAUCUCGCAGCUGCUGCGGGCUGAGCCCUACCCGGCCGCCCGCUACGGCUCCCAGUACGCGCAGCAGGGCAGCGUGAUGGGCAUCGACAACAUCUGCGAGCUGGCCGCCCGCCUGCUCUUCAGCACCGUGGAGUGGGCCCGCAACAUCCCCUUCUUCCCGGAGCUGCCCGUGUCCGACCAAGUGGCGCUGCUGCGGCUCAGCUGGAGCGAGCUGUUCGUGCUGAACGCGGCGCAGUCGGCGCUGCCGCUCCACAUGGCCCCGCUGCUGGCGGCCGCCGGCUUCCACGCCUCGCCCAUGUCCGCCGACCGCGUCGUCUCCUUCAUGGACCAGAUCCGCAUCUUCCAGGACCAGGUGGAGAAGCUCAACCGGCUCCAGGUGGACUCGGCCGAGUACAGCUGCCUCAAAGCCAUCGCGCUCUUCACGCCCGAUGCCUGCGGGCUGUCGGACCCGGCGCACGUGGAGAGCCUGCAGGAGAAGGCGCAGGUGGCCCUGACGGAGUACGUGCGCUCCCAGUACCCGUCCCAGCCCCAGCGCUUCGGGCGGCUGCUCCUGCGGCUCCCGGCGCUCCGGGCCGUGCCCGCCGCCCUCAUCUCCCAGCUCUUCUUCAUGAGGCUGGUGGGCAAGACGCCCAUCGAGACGCUAAUCAGGGACAUGCUGCUGUCCGGGAGCACCUUCAACUGGCCCUACGGGACGGGGCAGUAGGGACGGAGCGCGGGGGGGACGAUCCCGGGACCGCCCCCCCGGCAGCUGGACGUGGACUCGUUCCCAUGGUGUCCCUGGGGUGUUCUGUGCUGGGCCUCGGCCUCAGAGCUCUGUCUGCCACAGGAGGGGGCCCUGCUCCCCGCAGAGGCUGUGGGGUCACGGGGGUGUCCCCCGAAACCUGAAGGUACUCUCCGUGUCGCCGCCGAUGGACACCGGACUGUUCUGGACCCCCUGGAGCUUCCCAGCCCCGCCCUAGUCCCUCCAGGGACUUUGGAGCAAACCUGGGGCUGGUUCCUCUCCCCGCUGUGGAAUUUGGAGCAUCCCAAGGGACCUCGGAGCACCCCCGGGGCUGGUCCCUCCCUCUGCCCAGGGAAGGGGGAUCCCACCCCCUCUGCUCCUCCAAAGCUGAAUUUCAGAUGUCAGAAGGCUCAGGUGGGAGGUGGUGGGAGAGGGGACCAGCCAGGCUGGGACCCCUGGCUCUAUCUCCCCACCCCAGCUCCAGUUCUGGGAAUUGUGGAAAAAGGGUCAUUUUAGAGCCCCUUUGUGCCCACCAGGCUGGAUCCAGCCUUGAGGACUGAUGGGCUGAGCUCGGAGCAGCCCCUUUUUGGGGAUGGGGCCUGACCCCACCUUCCACUGAAGCAUCUCCCCCGUGGGGGCACUGGGACAGAAGGGGGGGUCACAGGAGGGGCUGGGGGGGUUUUUUGGGAUGUGAACAGCACCCAGCCCUUCUCCCUGGGCUCAUUCCUGCUGCCUCCCUUACUGCUUUCCGCCCCCCUCAGCACCCCCCACCAUCCCAUGCCUCCCUGGGUUUUUUUCAGCCACGUUUGGGCAAGAAAGGAGAUUUUGGGGGGACCAAAACCCAAAGGGGAAAGGGGUGAUGCUGCUGGGGGGGGUCCCCAGGGCUGGAGGGGGCACAUGGAAGGCGGGGGCGGGCAGAGCCAGGCAGGAGGGAUCGGGGGGUCCCCCCCUCUCGGUGUGACAGACGGCGGCAGGAUUAGCCGGGAUUUGGCAUUUAGGUUGAUUCACUGAAAAUAUAAUCCUUGUUCAAUGAUACUAAACAAAUGAAUUAAGUCAAUAAAAGAUGUUUCUUACA